GCAGUCAGGCGCAGGCCAGGGUGAUGGCCUGCGCGUGCCCUCCCGGGAGCGAGGGGGCGCUGUGGCCGGGUGCGCGUGGGCCGUGCGCGCCCCUCCUUCCGCCCGCGGCCCCGGAAGCGGCGAUGGCGCGGAAUGUGCUAUACCCGCUGUACCAGCUGGGCAACCCCCAGCUGCGCGUCUUCCGCACCAACUUCUUCAUUCAGCUGGUGCGGCCCGGCACGGCCCAGCCCGAGGAUACUGUGCAGUUCCGGAUCCCCAUGGAGAUGACCAGGGUGGACCUCAGGAAUUAUCUAGAGCGUAUUUACAACGUGCCCGUGGCUGCCGUGCGGACGAGAGUGCAGCACGGUUCCAACAGGAAGAGGGAUCAUAGGAACGUCAGGAUCAAAAAGCCAGACUACAAGGUGGCUUAUGUGCAACUGGCGCACGGACAGACCUUCACAUUCCCAGACCUGUUUCCUGAGAAGAAGCAGAGUCCUGACGGCAGCACGGGGGACGAGGACAUCCAGGACAGGCUCCUGGAAGAGCAGAGGCAGCGGCAGAGCCGCGACCCCCGGCGCGGUGGCGUCCCCAACUGGUUUGGCCUGUGAUGGGCCCCGGCUCUGACAGCUCAAAUAAAAGUCCUGCGUGUGGAGAAA